AUGGAGGGGAUGAGGAUGGGGCCGCUUGGCUACAAUGUUGGGUACGGCAAGGCCACCGAAUGGGAUGAGACAGGCCGCAUGGCAAUCUCGCUUAUUAUUGUCUCAUUUAACAAUUAUUCAGUAACAUCCAUACAGUUCGGAUUCAUGGAGAAUGGAGAGCUUGUCAUGUCUGAAACAUACGGACCAACAGGGGAUAGCAUACGAGUUAUAAGGCUGAACCAUGAGACAGAGUUUGUGACCGGUAUAAGCGGGGAGAUGGCCGAUGGCUGUGCUAUUUCUUCUCUGACGUUUCAUACAAAUCUUAGAGUAUGCGAAGCAUUUCACUUGAAAAUCGAUAGAGGGGGAAAAUUAUGUCCUCCGGAGAAAAGAGAGUUUCAUUCAGGAAUUCUUGAUCGCAGUGAAUUUGAAGGCUUCUUUGGAUAUUAUGAUGAAUACGUUUGCUCACAAUUAAUUUCUAUGUGA